UUGUGUGUGUGUGCCAUUUCCCUGAUCACUUCCAGUACAACCCCAACAGAGAAGUAGUGACUGACUUUUGCGCAUCCGGGUGUGGAUUGGGUCAAAGAGCAGUUCUUGUUUCACGCGCUGUGUCUGUGGGAGUUUGAGGAAGUAGGUUUGCAUGUUGCAGUGGAUGUCUUGCGGCUGCUUGUGACUCUCCUGCUGUGAGAUGGCUGCAGUCUAAAGAGGCCAAACACAUCACCCUCUCCACAGAGGACACCUGACUCAGGAACAAGAGCUCCGGCACCAUGGCUAAGUACCACUGGCAGAGUCAGAAUGUGAAACAAAGUGGCGUGGACGACAUGGUCCUGCUGUCCAAGAUCACAGAGGACGCCAUUGUGGAAAAUCUGAAGAAACGAUAUAUGGAUGACUAUAUCUUUACAUACAUCGGGCCAGUUCUAAUAUCAGUUAACCCCUUCAAACAGAUGCCUUAUUUCACUGAGAGAGAAGUUGAACUCUACCAAGGAGCUGCACAGUAUGAGAACCCGCCCCACAUCUAUGCCUUGACUGAUAACAUGUACAGAAACAUGUUGAUUGACGGGGAGAAUCAGUGUGUCAUCAUUAGUGGUGAGAGUGGAGCUGGGAAGACAGUGGCUGCCAAAUAUAUCAUGGGUUACAUUUCUAAAGUAUCUGGAGGAGGAUCAAAAGUGCAGCAUGUGAAAGACAUUAUCUUACAGUCGAAUCCUCUGCUGGAGGCCUUCGGUAACGCCAAGACUGUUCGCAAUAACAACUCUAGUCGUUUUGGUAAAUAUUUUGAGAUUCAGUUCAGCAGAGGGGGAGAACCAGAUGGUGGCAAAAUCUCUAACUUCCUGUUGGAAAAGUCGAGGGUGGUGAGCCAGAAUGAGAACGAGAGGAACUUCCACAUUUACUACCAGCUGAUAGAGGGCGCCAGCACUCAGCAGAAAGAGGGCUUGGGCAUCAUGACCCCAGACUAUUAUUACUACCUCAACCAGUCUGGAACCUACAAGGUGGAUGGAACCAAUGAUAGCAAAGACUUCUCCGAGACUAUGGAGGCCAUGCAGGUGAUUGGGAUCCCGGGUGACAUCCAGGCUCAGGUGCUGCAGAUCAUCGGCGGAAUCCUCCACCUGGGAAACAUCAGUUUCAUAGAAGCAGGCAACUAUGGGCAGGUGGAGAGCACCGACUUACUUGCCUUCCCCGCCUAUCUGCUGGCCAUUGACCCCAACCGCCUCCAGGAAAAGCUGACCAGCAGGCAGAUGGACUCAAAGUGGGGCGGGAAGUCUGAGUCCAUAAACGUGACCCUGAACCAGGAGCAGGCCACCUACACACGUGAUGCUCUGGCCAAAGCCCUCUACGCACGACUAUUUGACUACCUGGUGGAGGCCAUAAAUAAAGCCAUCCAAAAGCCUUAUGAAGAAUACAGUAUCGGGGUGCUUGAUAUUUAUGGCUUUGAGAUAUUCCAGAGAAAUGGCUUUGAGCAGUUCUGCAUCAACUUUGUCAACGAGAAACUGCAACAAAUCUUUAUUGAACUGACUCUGAAGGCUGAACAGGAAGAGUAUGUUCAGGAGGGCAUCAAGUGGACACCCAUUGAAUAUUUCAACAACAAGAUCGUCUGUGACCUCAUUGAAAAUAAAUUGAAUCCUCCUGGUAUAAUGAGCGUGCUGGAUGAUGUGUGCGCCACCAUGCACGCCAAAGGAGAGGGUGCAGAUGGCACACUGCUGCAGAAGCUGCAGGCCGCUGUAGGAAUGCAUGAACAUUUCAACAGCUGGAACUCUGGUUUCGUCAUCCAUCACUAUGCUGGCAAGGUGUCAUAUGAUAUCAAUGGCUUCUGUGAGAGAAACCGUGAUGUGCUUUUUCCGGAUCUCAUUGAACUUAUGCAAAGCAGUGAAUACACCUUCAUCCGCAGCUUGUUUCCUGAAAACCUGAACACAGACAAGAAAGGCCGGCCGACCACAGCCAGCUCCAAGAUAAAGAAACAAGCAAAUGAUCUCGUGAACACUCUGAUGAAGUGCACGCCUCACUAUAUUCGCUGCAUCAAACCCAAUGAGACAAAGAGACCCAAAGACUGGGAGGAGAGCCGGGUGAAACAUCAGGUGGAGUAUUUGGGACUGCGGGAAAACAUCCGGGUACGAAGGGCUGGAUUUGCAUAUCGCCGAGUUUUCAAGAAAUUUCUGUUCAGGUAUGCGAUUCUGACGACAGAGACGUGGCCGUGCUGGAGGGGUCCAGAGCAGCAGGGGGUCCUUCACCUUCUCCGGUCCGUCAACAUGGAUAAUGACCAGUACCAGAUGGGACGCACUAAAGUCUUCGUCAAGAACCCUGAAUCGCUGUUCCUGCUGGAGGAAAUGAGGGAAAGGAAAUUUGACACGUAUGCCAGGAUCAUCCAGAAGGUGUGGAGGAAAUACAUCGCCAGGAAGAAAUACCAAGAGAUGAGAGAAGAAGCUUCAGACAUCCUCUACAACUCCAAAGAACGGCGAAAGAACAGCAUCAACAGGAACUUUGUUGGCGACUAUCUGGGCCUGGGGCAAAGACCUGAGCUGCGGCAGUUCCUGGCCAAGAGGGAGCGGGUCGACUUUGCCGAUUCUGUCAACAAGUUUGACCGCAGGUUCAAGUCCAUCAAGCGAGAUUUAAUCUUGACUCCCAAGUGCAUCUAUCUGAUUGGUCGAGAGAAGGUGAAGAAGGGCCCUGAAAAAGGGCAGAUCAAGGAGGUGCUGAAACGCAAGAUGGAGUUUGGACACAUCAGCAGCGUGUCGAUCAGUACCAGGCAGGAUGACUUCUUCAUCCUGCACGAGGCCCAGUACGACAGUCUGCUGGAGUCCAACUUCAAGACAGAGUUCCUCAGCCUGCUGUCUAAACGAUACGAGGAGGUGACCAAGAGAAAACUGACAAUCUCCUUCACUGACAGGGCUGAGUUCAGGGUGAAGAAGGAAGGCUGGGGUGGAGGAAGCUCUAGGAUGGUGGUGUUCCAGAGGGGACAGGGGAACAUGGCCCAGCUCAAACCUGCAGGAAAGACUCUCACCAUCACAAUAGGGGACGGACUCCCAAAGUCUUCCAAGCCAACCAGGAAAAGUGCUCCACAGUCCUACGGAAGAGGGAGGAAUCACCUCACCAGCAGAGCACACCAGAAUGGAGCAGCCCAGUUCUCCAGAGCAGCUCCAAACCCACCAGAGGUUGCUUAUUCCACCCCUCAGAAACACGGCCGCCCACCCAGCACAGCCCUGCCCAAACUGGGUCACCAGAGGGUUCAGAGACCCCCAUCACAGACCCAGCCAAGCAACAUGGACUUCCUAAAUGUGCCUGAUCAAGGCAUGUCAGGAAAACAGAGGAGAAGGAGCAUCAGCCAUCGGCCUCCACCUGCUCCUAAACCGCAGCCCCGCCCCCAGGGCCCUCGCUGCCGAGCAUUAUAUCAGUAUGUCGGCCAAGACACGGACGAGAUCAGCUUUGAUGUCAAUGAUGUGGUUGACCUCAUCAAUGAAGAUCCAUCAGGCUGGUGGACAGGCAAGAUUCGAGGAAAAGAAGGUCUCUUCCCUGGUAACUAUGUAGAAAAGAUUUGAUAAGGACUUGUGAAUUAAUCAGUUUCCAUCUGUUAAGAAAUCGAUGGAACAUGCACACAUUGCGUGUGAAAUGUUCAUGGUUGCAGGGUGGCUCUCUCAUCCGUUGUGGAAACAGAUGUAAAGGCAAGACGCUGGUGUUAUUUGAGCCACGCAUAACAUGCUUGGCAACGUGCGCAGGACACAGUGGUGUUAUGGUCAUGACAGUUAAAACAUAGAUGCGCUGUGGAGCAGCGAUCAGGUUUCGCUCCUGCUGCUAUGUCACAGUGUCUUGUUUUGUAUGAGCUGGGGACAGGAUCUUUGAUUUCUCUUUUCUGUAAGACAUUACUUUCAUUUUAAAAAUAAAAUGCCUUUAGAGCUCGAAAUGAAAAAUUCUCUUAAAUUCAUGUAAGACUUUAUUAUAUUUAGGUUUUUUAAAUUUACACUGAAGAUGGUAUCACAUACAACUU